AUGAAACCGUCGGUGUUAUACCUGGAUCAUAAGGAGAAGUUCAUUACGCUUCUUGACCAAUUUCUUUCGUCAACGCAUAUACCCAAUUAUGUUGUUGCUGGUUUUGCAAAAAGGCUUUGUCGUAUGCUUCUUCUGGCUCCGCUUGACGCUCAGGAACCAGUAUUAGGAUUGAUCAGAAACUUGUUAACUCGUCACCCCAAUGUCGCCUGUCUCAUUCACCGUGAUGUACCAGAAACUCUAACUGCUGAUCCAUAUGACGAGGAUGAGGUGAGCUUAAGCAAAUGUGAUGCUCUCAGCAGUUCUCUUUGGGAAGUUAAGAGUUUACAAAAACACUGGCAUCCAAAUGUUGCAAAACGAGCGAAUUUUGUUGAAAAAAAGCUCCAACAGGUGGAAUCAUUUGUACGAUUUCGGUGCCAGGAUGAGCUCUUUUCGAAUAUGAUGGCUAAACCAUUCGGCAGUAAAGAGGCUUCUGUGGAAGUUAGGUACAGCCGUGCGCAGAAUGGCUAUACCAACAAUGAUGGUUUCUUAUUAGCUCUGCUGUACUUGUUUGCCAAUGGUUAUCUUAGAAGUAAUGAUUUGCCAGCGAAAUUUCUGCUGGACGAUCAUGACCUCAUCUUUAUUAGCAGAAUUAGGAAGCGCUUUUCAGGAUGGCUCAGACGAUGA